GGUCGAGCCGACUCUCCGCCGCCCGGAGCUCAUCUCCAAACCACCAAAUCACAUCUCUGACCCGGGACGCUCCAAACUGUCAGCAUCAAACUUCUUCACUUUACUUUUAAAGUCUUGAAGCGGAUGCAGAGAUUACAUGAAGAUCUGAGCGGACUCAUGCUGGAUGGAUUCUCUCUCUUUUUUUUCUGGUGCGUAAAACUUCGCCAAGUAGGUUAGUGGAGGAACCGGAGAAGAGUUUUUGGACAUACAGCGCAGCGGGUUUGGAGUGUGUGUGAGUGUGUGUGAAAAGUUGCUGAGAGCUCGGAGAGAGUUUGAUCCAAUGCGUCCGGAGCGGCCGGUUCAACAGCAGGAACACCGAGAGGAGAAAUACCGAGAGAGAGAAGGAGGAGAAGGAGGAGAAAGGAGCUGAGAUCAGCGGGGUCUGCAGGGACUCACCGGCUGCUGGACGUACAUGUCUCCGCUCCCCACCGGCACCGAGGUUUCUACUCCCUGUGACAUCAUCGCACCAUGCCUGAGGGGUCACGGCGUGGCAGCCAGAGAUCGCCUAGCAACACAGCCGCCAAGCGUCCCUCCUCAGUCUCGUCUCUGAGUGGGAUUGUGGGUAGGAUGAUGUCGUCCGGCGAUCGAGGAGCCUCGUCCUCGUCCUGCACCUCCGUCAACACUGUCUGCUCGGACAGCGAGCGGCCCGCCUCCCUCUCCCUCUCCUCCUCUGCUUCAUCCGUCUCCCUGCAGGACACCUCCCACUCCUCCUCUUCCUCCUCCUCCUCUUCCUCUCUGCCAUACGGCGCCGUGCCGACCUACAACGCCUCUUCAUCGUCCUCGUCGUCCUCCACGCCAAAGAGGAACGGCUCCGACAUCAGCCUGGACCUCACACCCCUCGUCACGCCACAUGGAGGAGGAGUCCCUGCAGGAGGAGGCGGCAUCUGUGUUGCCAAGGUGACAGGUGGAGGUCACCCCCCGAAUGGAGAUGUAGCCAAGAUGGUGGCAGCCGUGGCCACGCCCAGACAGCUUUCGCGGCUGGAGCGAGUUGUUCUGGAGAUCGUAGAGACCGAACAAGCCUACGUCAGAGAUCUGAAGAGCAUCGUGGAGGAUUAUCUGGGUUGUAUCAUCGACUGCGGCUCUCUGCCUCUGAAACCGGAGCAGGUCAGCACGUUGUUCUGCAACAUCGAGGACAUCUACGAGUUCAACAGUGAUCUCCUGGAGGAUUUAGAGAGGAGUCCUCAUGCUGCCGCCAUCGCAGAGUGCUUCGUGGAACGGAGUGAAGCCUUCGACAUCUACACACUCUACUGCAUGAACUACCCCAACUCGGUGGCGGUGCUGAGGGACUGUAUGAAAAACAAAAGUCUGGUUCAUUUCUUCCAGGAGAGACAGACGACUCUGAACCAUUCUUUACCUCUGGAGACGUACCUGCUCAAACCAGUGCAGAGGAUUCUCAAAUACCACCUGCUACUACAGGAACUUUCAAAGCACUUUGACAAGAGUGACCCUGGAUAUGAGGUCAUUGAGGACGCCAUCAUCACCAUGACAGCAGUGGCCUGGUACAUCAACGACAUGAAGAGGAAACAGGAACACGCAGUACGACUGCAGGAGAUUGAGUCCCUCCUGGUGAACUGGAGCGGGCCAGACCUCAGCGGGUUUGGAGAGCUGGUUCUAGAAGGUUCCUUCAAGGUCCACAGAGUGAAGAAGGAGAGGGCGUUCUUCCUGUUUGAUAAGAUGCUGCUGAUCGCCAAGAAGAGGCUGGAGCAGUUCGUCUACAGCACCCAUAUAUUUUGUUGUAAUCUGCUGCUGGUGGAGAAUCUGAAGGAUUCUUUGUGCUUCAAAGUGUCGGAUCAGACGAUUCCCAAACAGCAGCACAUCGUCCAGACAAAGAACCAGGAGGAGAAGAGGCUGUGGGUGCACUACCUCAAGAGACUGAUCGUAGAGAAUCAUCCUACUUCUCUCCCACAGAAGGCGAGGCAGGUCCUGGGAGACAACUUCUGUCAAUCUCCUCAGUUUGACCAGGACAACCUGAAGAAGUCCUCCGCAUCGCCGCGACUGGACGAUAUCCACGGCUAUCACAGAGGCAGACGUCAGUCAGGUCAGGAGCCUCCAGAGCUGCUGAUGUACACGCCUGAGAAGUCCAGGAAGAGUCUGCCGCUGCUGCUGGAGGGAAACCUGCCGUACAGACGCACCAGGAGACAGUCAGCUCCGGCAAAAGACAUUGAAGCAGCAUUUCAUCCCAACGCUCUGAAGCAGGCGGGCAGUGAGGGCGAGCUGUGCCAGACGGACAGUCUGGGCUCAGCCGGCAGCAGCAGCACGCUUGCAUCCUCCGUCAUAGAGGUGGAGGCAGAGAGGAACGAACCAGGCCUGACGACACAGCUGCGACCAAGCCAAGAGGUAGAGGAAGAGGAUGAAGAGGAGCUGAGCCCCCUCAGCCCUCCCCCCACCCUGUCCAUCACCGAAGAGAUCCUGGAGUUCAUCAACCAGAGCAGAGCUAGAGAGGGACUGACCGCCAUUCACACUGGCACAACGGAGCAGGUCCUGGAUCAGCCCACAGAGAGCCAGCCACCAUCCAACCAGACCAACUUCACCUGCCCACUGCCCCCAGCCGCUUGCCCCUCCAGCCCAGAACAAGGAUCCACAAUGCAACUGGAGCAGGAAGGAGCAGAGAAGGAGAACGAAAGCCCCCUCCAGAGUCAGACAGGUGGCUCUGGGGAGGAGAACAAACCUGAAAAUGAGACAAUUACAAACAAAGUCCAGGAAAUUCCAGAUGCAACAAGUCAAGUGGAAAAGAGAGUGGAAGCGGACGUAGAGACACAAGGAGAAGUGGUAGAAAAAGAGAAAGAAGAGGAGAAAACAAGGGAUGAAGGAGAAGGAGAGGGCAUCAUCCCUGCCCUGACAACACAUCAUCAUCCCUCUAUCUCAGCAGAGGAAGAAAGAGAAAACAACAGCAGCAGCUGUCAGUCACCUAAAGAAGAGGUGAACACGGAGGUCAUGACUUCCUCCUCAAAUCAAGAUCUCCCUCAUCACCCCAUCCAGAGAUGCCAGCCAACAACAAGAGGCUCCCACCUAACCAAGCGCGACAAGAAGAUCAUCGAAAAGAUCAGGAGUUAUUACGAGGCAGCAGCCGAGGCUGAAGAGGGCGUGGCAGAGGAGGAAGAUGAACAGGAAGAGGGAGCAGCAUCAAAGAGGAGAAACAGUUUCUCUCAAAUCCCAUCUGGCUUGGUAAAGGAGUCAGUAUCACGAUUUGAUGUUAGUGGGCACCUAGGGGAGCCAGAGAGUGGAAGAAGCAAGUGUGACAGAAGUGAAGCGAUCGAUACAGUGACUGAUCGAGAGAUAGAGCCCUGUUCCCCAACUGGUCCCAUCUCUUCGCCUACCCUGCUCCCAGUAGAUGCAGAGAAUGAUGGACAGGCAGAUGAGCUAAUCAGCUCGUUGGAUUUUGAUGCAGAGUCCCCAAUUCCACCACUCUCAACUGUGACACAGGACAAGGAGACCUCAAACCAAGUGGGUCUGGAUCUACAGUUGAAUCCAAAAGAGCCUGUUAGAGAAGAGGCUGAGAUACAGAACAAAAAUGUGAAAGUCUGCAAAGGACCAUCGGAGCAAAGACAGGAUGAAAAACAGGAAGGGAAGACAAGUAUUGUGGCUACUAGGGAGCAUGGUGGAAACUCUCUGCAAGGAGAGGAGCCACGUAUUACAAAACAGUCCAAGAACCAAGAUGAAAUACUCAAAAGCAGUGCUGGAAACCAGGUUGUUAUUAAUGGGCAAGAACCCAGCCAAGCAGGCCCAGCAGAACCAAAUGGAAGCCACAAGGAAACCCCUGCACCUCAGCCACCUGCAGAGCAAUGUCAAAAAACUGAGGCCAAAACUCACUCCAACUGGACAAAAACCAAACAAGCCAAGACCAGCGGGAACCUUGAGGGUCUUCCUAGUCAGAUAAAAGUGGGUCGAUGGUCCCGCCACUCCAGGAUCGUCACCUCUAACCGGGUCUUGUUUGAGAGCAUGGGAUCAGAUGUCGCUGGUAUUGGGCUAUUUGAGGCCAGCCCUGUGGCGGACCCCAUGCUAAUGGAAAACUCAGAGCGUAUUCUGAGCAAGGUCCAAACAUUGGCCCGGAUGUACAGUGCCAAAGCCAGCACCAUGAAGGUCCCACUGCAUCAGAAGCGGGCCAGCGCUUUAUGGAACCAGUCAUGGGGCUCAGGUCGACUUUCUGGACACUCAACUCAGAACCAAACGGAAAGCCAGUCAGGUCAGACCCAAAUACAGACCUCAACUAAGUACCGGCAGCAAACACAGUACCAGAUGGAAGUCAGUCAAUCUGAGAUCCACUCACAGACCAAAUAUGGAACCCAAACUCACUCCGAGACCAAAGUUCAGAGACAAACUAUAACACAAAUGAGGCAGCAGUCGCAGAUCCAAACCAAAAGCCAAAUGUUGAGUCAGACACAGUACCAAAGCCAGAACCAGACCAAGGCUUACAGCCAGGACCAGACCCAAACCAUGAGCCGGAAGGACCAAACGAUGACCAAAAGAGCAGAGUGCCUGACAAAUGAUUUCCAGGAGACACCGAUUUCCCCCUGUGAGCCUCUGAUGUUUGGUCACGUGUAUGUCAAAGAGCAGUCGACCCCAGCUUGUCACCAGACAAAUGGAUUCACCCUCUCCAGGCCCAGGGACUUCAUCUCUGCCUUGUCCAAAGAAAAAGACUCCAGUGUGGGUUGUAGAUCAGGUGACAAUUCCCAGAUUUCCACAUUGCCUGUUGAAAAUCCACCCACUUCACUGAAAGACCAGUUAUCCACUCAGCCCCAGGCAAACAGCUUCAACCCCAGGCAAACCUCCACUGACAUGUCAUCGGCCUCUGCAGCAUCCAGACAUCACCUCAGAACACAACCUGAAGAUCAGAGCUCCAGUUUGUGCUGCUCUUCCAGUAACAGCACCUUGACGUCAACCAUGAAUGGGGAGGUUUAUUCAGACACUGAAGAGACAGAGAGAAGAGACAGAUCAGAGCUGAGUGGUCGACGCCCUGUUUACUCAGUCAGAGAGGAGCGUGUAAACAUCACGACCCAGCCAGCAUGCUCACGGCCAAACAUCUCUGCUCACAGCAUACCACAGUGGGAAAUCUCCAAAGAUGGACAUGAGCAGUAUAAAUAUAAGCAAAAUUUACCAGCUGCCCAAGAUAAACAUGCAUCAGAGCACAAAAUUUCCACAGGACAUACUGACAGCAGAGAUAUGUUAACCAAAGAUGUGCAGAGUGUUCAUGCAGGGCCUGAAUACUUGGUUUGCACAGGACCCGUGGAUGGAGAGGCAUCCCCAGGAGACCUGGUACUGAUGGUAGCAUCUACACAGAUGCAGGCUCCUUCAGAAUACCACAGGUCCACAGUGCCUCACCCAGGACUCGCUGGAGAGCAGUCCCAGAGGGUAACACUUAACUUGGCAGAGGGAGGCACCAACGCGCCGGGGGUCUCUGUAGGGUCAACGAAAGAUGCGAGCGAUCAGAUGAAAUUCAAUGAGACAGAGUAUGAUUCUUUAUCUCAGCCCAGGAUGAUCCUACAAAGUUCAGCAGUGAUCUUUACAGAAGAGACACCUUAUUACAGAUCCCCAGGGGAACUGGUUGUUCCACCAAACCUGAGUCAGCCUUUGCACUUGACCUUUGACCUCUCACAGGUUUCUGGUCAUACAGUCACAGAAACUCCAGAGGAUCACAAAGCAAGAGCACCAAGUCCGUGGUCAUCAGUUCAGAACUCAGAAUCAAAUCCUCCCCGACCACGUCCUCCAUCUGUGCAGUCCGUAGACCGUCUACCAACAUUCACCAGCCAGAGACCGCAGGACUUACCCUCUGCACUGGGGACACAGGCUCUGUCUAACACCAGUUUUAGGGAAUCAGAUCAGCAGGGUUCACGAUGCCUCCCUUCAGGCAGCCGCCCAUCUUCUCGACCCUCGUCAGAGACAUCCAGCCUGAUGGAGAGACCUAACCCAGCCUUUGUCACCCCUGGCCUGGACACAGACCUCACCACAGCCUCUUCAGCCUUCAGACCCAGCCUUAGACACCGCUCCCCUUCCCCUGUCAAAGCUAUCCCCUCCUCCUCCUCCUCCUCCUCUGUCCGAGCACCUCCCUGCUCCUCACCGUUCAGGGGUGCUCCAGCAUCUUCUGCCACCACUGUAUCUGCUGAGGAUACCUCCCUGAACACUGUCUCCAGGGCUCUUCCCCGUUUCUCUCCUAUUCCUUCUUCUGGGAGGGGUACCUCGAUGCAAGCUCCCCCUGCCUCCUCUUCUUCACCCUCCCCUGCUUCCUCUUCUUCUGGGAGGUCUUCAUCCAUGAGAGCAGGUCCUCCUUCUUCCCCUACACCGUCUUCUUCUCUCCGCUCUCCCCCAUGCUCUUCCCCCGUCGCUUCUUCUUCUGCGUUCACCAGAUCUUUAGCUGCCUCCUGUAUUAGCCAGUCCAUCAGUCAGAGUAUGGCAAAAAAGAACAAUGCCCCGCAACAAGCCCCGCCUGUGAACACAGUAAACCAAACCCCCUCCCCCAUGUCUUCCUUACCCUCCUCUCAUCUACGACGGCGAUCGCCUUCACCCAAACUCCCUCCCAGUCAGCAUCCAGUCCAUUCCCCAUCUAUGAGUCUGCCCCAUCAUCAGCCCUCUUCCCCUUCCCCUCGUCCCUCAUUCCUUCACUCCAAAACUGAUUCAUCACAGAAUGCAAACAACAACAACAAUAACAACAUUAGCUUAGCGAUUAGCAAUGUAAGUAAUAACCAUGCCAUCAGUAAUGGGGGUUGGUCAGUAAGUCCACAGAGGGCGCCGCUAGCUAAUGGUAGCACCAACGCCACAGAUCCUCUCUGGUCGGGGUCACACAACCGUGUAGCUCGGCCCUUUUCUGCGUCCGAACCCAGCUCACGAGUUCAGUCCCCAUCUCCCUCUCCAACCCCUGCCUCCUUCACUCGCCUCUGCUCCCCACCUCCUCAACAUAAUUACUCCUCCCCUAUGGCUAACAAACCUCCCCACCCUCGGGGUAUGCGUCUAGGAAGUGCGAGUUCUCAUAACCCACUAGGCCUAACUUUGGAGCUACCCAAGACCUCUUCAGCAAGUUCAGCUUUUGGGCAGUCUUCCUCAAGUCUGAGCCCUCAGAUACUCUCCCCACCUCCUAUUGGCGUGUCAGUGAAUGUUUGGGCAAAUAACGUUGCAGCACCUCAACCUAGAAACCCUAGACUUGCUUCCUCCUCUGCAUCUCCUUCCUUUUCUUCCUCAAUAGGCUCGCCAACACUGGAGAACGCGUCUUUCCCCUCUUCCUCUUGUUUUGUGGUCCCACUGCGUAGUUCCAGAGCCUCCUCCCCUUCCGCACCUUGUCCUCCUGCAACCUCCCAAACCCUCCGUAGGUCUUUCUCCUCCAACCUGGCGGACAGACCCCCUAGUCCAUCCCGGAACAACACUAGUGGGCUCCGCCGCUCAUGGGCAGAUAGCAGUCGCAGGUCCCUUGGUUUUGGUGGUAGUGGUCGAGGGUCCUUUGACCAACAGGAGUCCUGUCCAACCAGUCCAAGGAGUGGGUGGUCCUCGUACGGCAGCUCACCGUCCUGCCUCAGCCCUCGAGGCGGGCUUCAGUCCCCACUCUCACCUAGCAGGCUUACCCCAGGGAAGGGCACCAUUGGUGGGCAGCAUUUCACCAGUGUGCCCUGGCCAGAUGUACGAGAGCUUUCAAACAAAUACAAGGGAACUGAUAGCCUUGAUGCAAGUGCUACAUCCACUAUCAUUGCCUCCUCUCCUUCUCCUCUCUCCUCGCUCUCGCACACGCUCCUCUCCUCUCCUGUUUCAUCACACAGCCAGACAGAGUGGGAAGACCCAGAGCUAGAGGAGGGGAAUUGUCGCAGCCAGCUGAUCUGCGCCUACGUUGCCCGGCCCUCAUGUGAACAAAACCUCUCCUCCUCAUGCAUGGUCCUCUCCUCUUCUGGCAUUACCUCUCCUCUGACUGCCCCCUACCAGCACCACAAUUGCCAAUCCACAACACCUCCUGCACCCUCAAUCGCUUCGCCCUUGCCCCCAUGCUCAUCACCACUACCCUUUGCCCAUUCAUCUCCUACCAAACAGGGGAACCAGAAGACCAGCUAUGCCACCACAGUCAACCUCCAGAUUGCUGGAAGUGGUCGAAUAACCUCCUUCAGCACCGCCCAAGUUAGCCUGACCCAAACCCUGCAGGGUGGAGCAGGAGCUGGAGGACCAGGACAGGGGCAGAUGGCAAGGAGAGUGAGCAUCAAUGGACUUUCACAUCUUCCUCCCCCUCUUUCUCAGAACUGUAACAGACUAUGAAAGAAAUAAAGAUCUUACAUGGAAUUACAAGACAAGAAGGGCCAACAAAAAAGUAAUGAGAGAACAAGGCAUUACAGAAGAUGUGCACUUGUUAAUUUAUGGCCAGGACACAUUAGAAGUGUAACUGGUGGUUUCAGUGGCCAGUUGAUGGCACAGACCUCCAGAGCUGUACCCUGGCUUGAUGGAGACCAUGAGACCCUCAUAACUUCAUGCUGAAAUGAUCUUUCUCCAGUGGCAAAACAUGGGGUACUUCAACUUGGGGAUAAGUUCACAUCCAAGGGACAUGAUGAAUGUUGUCAACCCUAUUUGACACUGAUUCCUCUCAGCGUGGUGGGAGGCGUUGAGGUUUAGAUGUAAUGCAGACGACGCAUUGAAUCAUCUGGAAGAGCUUUAUGAACAGAUGACCUUUUAGGAAUGGAAAUUCUACCUGCACAUGGCUUGCAUUUUUCAGUCUGGGCUAAUACUUUGAAUGGAUGCUAAUGGAAUUGUUUUAAAGAUCUUAAUAUUGUAAAAAGUAAAGAAAUUAUGUUGCCAUCAGUAGAAAUGUAUAAUGUGGCUGUGAUCGUGCUGGAUGAGCACCCAAAAUCCCUGAAUAUCCACAGCUGGAUGUGAUGAAUUUGUGGAUCUGGCAACCAAAAAUUAGGAUCACACAGCUGGUCAUCAUUUAGCGGUCUGAAUUCUCUUUGUUGUAUUUUCCUUUCUGAGCGGUUCUGGACUUUCUGUGGAUAUGAUGACAUCUUGGAGGAACAAUUCAUUCUACACUCUUUUGUAACAGACGGUUAAAUCAGUAACUUUUAGCAUGUAUUGAGCUGGGCUACAUCCAAUUCUGCUGAUCCUGCAGCUGCAGACGCGUUGAAGGUCGAGUGUCCAACCAGUGCUGUAUGCAAUCACAGUUACUUAAUGUUUUAUUUCUUUUUCUUUUAUAUUGUGUUGAACAAACAUCAUGUCAUGUCAUGUCAGGCUCUCUGAGGCCAGUGUUUAAGGUUGGUGAUUACUGUGGUUAUUAAUAAUCUAUCUUUUUAACCAUUAUAUUAUUCUUUUUUUUAUUAUUUUUUUAUUAUUUUAUUGUUUAUUUAUGAAGUUAGUCUUAUUCUCUUUGGCACUUAUUAUCCUUAAAGUAAUGUUGGUAUUUUGCACAGUGUCCUCAGCUCUUGGGUGCAUGCAUCAAGUGUGUGUGUGUGUGUGUAUGUGUGUGUGUGUGUGUGUGUGUGUGUGUGUGUGCGAGUGUGUGUCUGAAAAUGACGCGUCUGGUAAGUUCUGCUUUAACUUCAGACCAGGCCAAUACCUGUGUGUUUUUAAUGAUGACUUUGUUCCCAUGUUGAUGUGCUCAGUCGGUUCGGUCUCUCCUGUCAUCAGUGCCCUUUAGAAACCUUGCAUCUUGAGCUUCAGUAAGUUUUCAAAAGUACAGAGAGCCGGUUAGGUGGAAAAUGCUGCAUGACCUCUGCACACAGGGGACAACUGACACUUCUGAUAUGUUGAUUGAAGCAGUGAUUAAAGCAGAAGGCUUGUGGUUUUCAUUUGGUCUGGUUGUCAGUUAAAUCACUCCUAGCUUUUUUGAGAGGCUGGUGAGUCAACACUGAAUUUUCUACCAAAUUUAACACCCACGGCUUACAGUUUUGGUGAUGAGCACAGCUUAGAAAAUGCUUCCAGCAACUAUAUGUACAUGCACACUAUGAUUCAGAAUUGGCAAUACUCCAAAUUCAUCAUGUGUCAUGGGAACAGCAUAUUCCAUCUGGAUAUUCCAAAUUAGGCCUUUUUCUGAAUGUAGCAUUUUCCAAAUGAGACAUGUAGGAUGUGCCGGUAUUUUUGGGGUGUCGGGAGCAUUCUUUGCGCAUGCAUGCAGUGCAUUUGGAAUAUGCAUCUCAAAGUUUGUGACACACAGACUCUUGCCUCUUUAUGCUCAGCUCUUUGUCUUGUAGACAAACCAGCUCACCAACAGUUUGCAAGGCUGGGAUCUGGCUGCUCUCAUGCACUGUUUAUACGUACAGUAUACCUACGAGAGGCAAUGCCCCAGAUUUCGUAUAUAACCUACGUAAUCAUGUAGGCUGCGAUCACAUGACCAAUGCGCUGACAGGAGGAAGGAAGGAAGUGGUUUAAAGAGCAAAACGGGGUGUAAGGAAGCAGCCUGGACGAGACUGACUCUGCACGAGACUGAUGCGUGUGUCCCGUGUGAAAGCAAGUGAACUUCAAGUUAUUUAGGCACGUUGUCAACAGGUUUCUUUUCCUAAAACAAAUCUAUGCAACUUUACAUUAUGUAAUUUUACAAUUAUAAUGUUAUGUCACGAUACCCAACCAUGUUUCUUUUCUUAAACCCAACCUAUGUAACUUUACGUACGUUAAGUACGUAACGUGACCAUGCCAAACUGUUUCUUUUUCUAAACCUAACCUACACAAAUUUAUAUUAAUUAAAUCAUUUUACUUUUACUACGUGAUGUGACGAUGCCCAACGAUGUUUCUUUUUUCUAAACCUAACCUCUGCAAAUUUACAUUAAAUACAUCAUUUUGCGUUAUGUAUGUAGCAUGACGACAUCAAAUCAUGGAUUUUUUUUUCUAAACUCAGACUAUGUAACUAUAUUUACCUAAACCUAACCUACUCAGCUUUACGUUAAAUAUAUAAUUUAAUGUUUACUACAUAACUUGUCAAAUCGUGUGUUUCUUUUUCUAAACCCAACCUAUGUAACUAAACCUAACCCACGCUACUUUAUAAGUAUGUAACUUUACAUUAAGCAUGUAAGGUGACGAUGCCCAAAUAUGUUUCAUUUUCUAGACCUGACCUACGUAACUUUAUUUUCAAAACAUAAUUUUACGUGAAGUACGUCAUGUGACCAUACCCAACCACGUUUCUUUUUCUAAAUCUAACCUAAGCAACUUUAUGUUAAUUACGUAGUUUAAAGUUAAGUACGCAACGUGAUGAUGCUCAGCCAUCUUUCCCUCCCUAAUCUAAUCUAUGUAACCUUAUUUUCCAAAAUCUAACCUUCAUAACUUAAGUACGUAACUUCACGCUGCUUACGUAAGAACCAUGUUUCUUUUCCUAAACCCAACCUACAUAAAUUCAUGUUAAGUAUGUGGCAUGAUGACGUCACUCAUGGAGCACUAAUUUGUUAGUCAUCGUAUAAACCAUUGUAUGAGUAAACGCUGUAGCCAUAGAAAUCUACGCCCGAGAGAAAAGCCUACAUUCUUAUGUCUAGGAUAUGUUGUUAAUUGAUUGAGUGAUCUGUUUUUAUGCAUUGAGUGUUGUAUGUUUUUUAGUAUGGACCUUGAGUCUGAUAAUAAUAAUAAACUGAAACUGAUAGUCAGUGAUAGAAAGUAAAGUAUUUAAAAAAUUAAACUAGUGGUUACAAUUGAAAUGAAAAUGUCAAAUAUUAGAAAAAAUAAAGAGAUGUGUGAUUUCUGCAGGGCACUGGUGACAAACUGGAGAGAACAUAAUGUUUUUGGGAACUGGUGAAAAGGGAAAUAUUAACUAAAUCUUCAUCCGGUAACCCUCAUAGCGUCAGUGAGAUGUACGGAAAAUAAAGGUAUGUGGUGCAAAAUCAGAA